CAGCUUUCAGCAUCUACAGAUAAGAUGGGAUAUCCUGACAUUUACAUGAACGAUGCUGACAUUGACAACAUUUAUCAACAGAUAUCAAUCAAUCGAACAGACUACUUCCAAAAUCUCUUGAAUUUGAAUUUGUUCGACAAACAGGAUUGGACCCGUCGAUUAACAUCUGGGGAAGACAGGUCCCGGUGGUUAUAUAAUUCCUACGACACAUCGAUGACGUUUUAUAAUUCUUGGAACCAGCUCCUGGUUCCCGCUGGAAUUCUGCAGUUCCCUGUGUAUGAAUGGACUCUUCCACAUUAUUUCAAUUUUGGGUCAAUGGGUGGCCUUAUGGGACAUUAUCUGGUACAUGCUAUAGAUAAUUGGGGUGGUUCCUAUAACGAGAAUGGGGUCUAUGGUGCCUGGUAUACUAACGCAUCUCGGACCAACUACCGGAAAGUGGAAACAUGCUUCUCUGAUGCUUAUGAUAAUAAAACUAUGGGACCAUACAAAAUUGUCGGUCAGUCUGCGCCUCAGUCGGUACAGGUAAAUGGUAGGACGGUUUGCAUGGGAAGGCCUGGCAGAGACCAGUGGUAUCAGGGGUGGCUUAUAAGGCCUAUAAGAAGUGGAUAGCAGACAAUGGGGAAGAGAAACCGACGCCCACACCUCAUUAUACUAACGAUCAGAGCUUCUUCCUGGCAUAUGCUCAAACUAACUGUUUCACAAGGACAGAUGCACUAAGCUACUACUAUGCCCAGGUACAAAGACUACCCGAGGACGUGAGGACCAACACGGCACUUUCCCUGCUGACGGAGUUUACACAGGCGUUCAACUGUCCGGCAGGGUCGAAAAUGAACGCGCCAAAGAAAUGUGAUACAUAUUAAAAUCGCCUGAACAUCUUGAAAAAAGAUAAACAUUUUUAUACUCAGAUUUAAAAUACUCAACUAUCGUGUCAGGAAUUGUUACAUAUAUAUUAAAUUUCUCAAAGAUGA